UCAUCUACCCAUCUUGACAUGGCAGGCUAUUACUUUCUAUCUAGAGACCGUAUACCGCUCGGCUACUCACUAAAGCCCGACCACAAUACACCUCGCGUCGCGUCGUGUCGCGUAAUUAAGAGUCUAAUGUAAUGAGACCUGCCGCAACAACAUCUGAUCACCUGUCUAGGUUAUGAGUUUAUAAUUCCUUUCCUGUAGUGCGGAUGACGCUCUGUGGACAUGUUAUUGGCCAUGUUCAUUUUCAUAUCGUUGGCAUGUUUUCGUCUUGUUGUUUUCGGUUGCCAAUGCAUUUCGUAAGUGCAAAAAGCAACAGACAGCGAUUGCUGCCACCACCGCUGCUAAUUGCAUUACGUAAUAAUUGUAAUCAAAAGCCUUGAUUUACUCCUCGGUUUACAGUAGUUGUUAUGCACCGAAUUAAAUACGUUCUACCCGAUCCUGCCCCCACAGUCGAACCGGAGGAGAGGCAACGUUUCAUGUGGCGGGAGCAUCAACAGGCGCUGCUAAUUCCCAAAUCUUCACGUCGAUCUCUGCACGGCAGCCAUGCACAUUCCAUCAACGUGGCCGGCAUGACAAACAGUGCGGCCGUCUACCUCGCUCUCACACAAAACUACGAGACAUUCGAGCCUUACUGGUUGCAUCUACGAAAGGGAGACGUCGUGCGACUCGUUUCGUCUCGUGCAGGAAGCGAAUGGAUCGACGUGGUGACGCGUGACGGUCACAAGGCGCGUGUACCGAGCACAUUUUGUCAACUAAGCUCUAACGAUGCAAACGUGAAGAAAAGAAAGGUUUCCUUCGAUGCGUCGAUGAACGUGACGAUCCCUCCCGAACCGGAAGAGGUGAUCACGAGCAGCAGGCACGGCAGCAGAGCGACGACGUCGUGCAGUGGAGGAUACUCGAAACUGAUGAGACAUAUCGAGAGUAAAGGGCGGGCAGUCGUGCAGACAUUGCGUAGAAGUUAUACACCAAAGAAGCAAACGUACAGAGAAGAGGGAAGAAAAGACGGACGAGAAACGUCAAGCCACUAUGAUCGCCUCGGUGUUUACUCCACGUCUACUCCUGCCCUGUCUACGAUUAGUAUCACUUCCACUACAGAAGAAUUCCGAAAGCGAUAUUUGGGAACGGUUACGGUCUUGUAUGACUUCAACGCAGCAUGUGAGGAUGAGAUCAGCGUGCAGGCGGGACAGACUGUUAUGCUGUUGAACAAGGAAGAUGCCGACUGGGUGUGGGUGAGACGGUUUGAUGGAGAAGAAGGUUUCGUUCCAGCUAACUACACCACCAAACCUGUCUGCACGGGUUGUCAACAGUACCUCUCCUCGCUGAGAGACAUUCGCUGUGCAGAAGAAGAAUCGAGCAGAUGGAGACAAGAGCGAAUGCAGUACGAGGAAGAGCAAGAAGUUUCAAAAGAACAGUCGAUUUGCUUUCACAAACCGCCACUGAAACAUGAAGAUCAGAUCAGUCUAUUGUCUUCUGGUGUUCACUUCCAAACUUCACCUUUUGUGCAAUCAACGCUAAUUUAGUCAGUGGCUUCAGUGUUUGUGUGAAUGUAAAGUAGCAGACAGAUGGUAUAUAGACACAAUCAUUAUCUUGGAAUUGCUUGUGUUUCUAUUUGGGAUACAUUUCUAAUUUUUAUUGUUAUACUUCUCUUCAUGCCUUGA